ACUCGCAAAUCACCCCCCCCCCCCCCCUGCCUGGAGACGAGUUAGCCGUACGACGCUAACGCUAGCUCCCGAGCGGGCUUGCUUGAAGAAGACGUUCGCCGCCGAAACGGCUUUACGUGACCACCCCGCCGCCGCCUUACAAAAUCACCUUUUUACGGACUCAAGUCGACCUCACUUGUCACGACGUCACGCACACUCGACUUGCUUCUCUCCAUUGAUUUUAUUGCACAGGUGCGAUGGCGAAGCGGAUCGCAGACAAAGAGCUCACGGAUCGGAACUGGGACCAGGAGGACGAGGGCGAGGAGGCCGGAACCUUCUCGGUGGCCACCGAAGAUGUGAUGAAAAACCGCGCCAUCAAAAAGGCCAAGCGGCGGAGUGUUGGUGCAGAGGGUGAGGCCGCAGGGGCCUUCAAAGGGUUCAAAGGUUUCGCCUUGAGCGCUUCCUCCCCGCCGGCGCCCUUCUCCACCCUCGGCAAUGGCGGAGCCUUCAAAGGCCCGAGCGCUCUGACUAACGGGAGCGGCGGCCUCGCGCCGUCCACCACCGCGGCGUCGCCGUCUACGACCGGGCCGACGCUGAACGGCAAGCCGGCCAACGGCGGCAAGGAGUACGGUCGCCAGCUGACGGCUCUCAACUGCUCCGUCCGCGACUGGAUCAGCAAGCACGUGGACGACAACCCGCUGUGCGACCUGCAGCCCAUCUUUCGCGACUACGAGCGCCACCUGGUUACCAUCGAGCGGCAGUAUGGGACUGCUGCGGCGGCGGCGGCCACGACGGAAGACAAGAAAGCCUCGCUUGGAGCUUCCUCCCCGUCGGUCGCCUUUUCUUUCAAGGGCAAGGCAGACGAAUCGCCCGCCGCAACCUUCAACUUCGGCCAGGAGAAGGACAGUUCCGUCCCGAAGAACGCCGCCGCACCUGCGUUUUCCUUGUUCGGAAGCGCCGCGCAGUCCUUUGCCAAGACUGAGGACAUAGCGCCCUCAGAGGAGAAUACGGGCCACGAUGAAGGCUAUGAGCCGCCCAAGCCUGAGGUCAGAGAGAUCAGAGAGGAUGACGCCUUCUACUCCAAAAAGUGCAAGCUCUUCUACAGGAAGGACAAUGAGUACAAGGAGAAGGGCGUGGGCACGCUGCACCUCAAACGCACGGCGGGCGGCAAAACGCAGAUGAUCAUCAGGGCCGACACCAACCUGGGAAACGUCCUCCUCAACAUCCUGCUGUCGGCCGACAUCAAAUGCUCGCACGCGGCCGCCAACAACGUGAUGGUGGCGUGCGUGCCCAACCCGCCCGUGGACGACAAGAACCCGAGCGCCCCAGCGCUGCUCCUCGUCCGCGUCAAGACCGCUGACGACGCCAAACAGCUGUGCACAAUCCUGGAGCAGAGCAAAGGCUGAAGGCGCACCACCAAAAACGCACCUUUUAGGUUCCGGGCGCCGACAUUCCCUUCCUCCGGCUUUUAGGCCACCUUUGGCUUUGAUCCCUCAUUUCCCCACGGAGGGAUUUUUCUUUUUCCAAUUUGUUUUUCUUUUCUCCAACCCGGACUCCUCACAGAUGGACGGACUUUUGCUGUCAUUUUUUUCCAAGUGUCCUUGGCAGUCCCCGCGGACGCCUGCUGGGAAUAAAAUGGAAACAAAAAGUU